UUGACGGUGAUCGACCGGCCGGUGGCGAUGGUCGCCUGCAUCGAUAAACGUCCAACGGCCCGACGACUCAUUAGCGGCAAGUCGAAAGCAGCUCAGUGUCAUUACUCAGAAGGCAAUGUCCGGCUAAGUGCACCCUCAGUCGUACCAAAAUGCGAAAUUGCUGCGUCGUAA